AUGCCACCUCGUCCGGAAGUGGAAGAGAACUGCUUUACUCCUAGGAGCUAUCAAGUCAGUUUUUGACUUUCCUUCGCGGGGUAAAAAAAGCAAAUUUUCAGAUUGAAUUGCUUGACAAAGCUUGCAAAAAGAAUGUGAUUGUACAACUAGGCACAGGCUCCGGCAAAACUUUCAUCGCAGUGCUGCUUUUGAAGGAGUAUGCCGUUCAGAUGGUCGCUCCUUUGAGCAACGGCGGGAAGAGAUCGUUUUUCAUUGUAGACAAAGGUUUUAGGAGGAAUUCGGUCUGAAGAAAAUCAUGUUUUGCAGUGAACCUGGUAGAUCAGCAAGCUCAACAUAUUGAAAGGCACACGGCCUUCCGCGUGGGCCGACUCCACGGAAGUUGCAACCAGAAUGUGUGGUCCGACAGGAAGAAUUUCCAGGAUUUCCUCAAGACUCAUCAUGUUUGUCUUCGAAGUUCAGUACAGUGAACUCUUCUGACCUCAGGUUAUCGUGAUCACCGCCCAAAUCUUCUGCGAUCUCAUAUCUCACGCGUUUCUGUCGUUCGAGACCGUCUGCGUGAUGAUAGUCGACGAAUGUCAUCAUGUUUUCGGCUCGAAACACGCCUAUCGGCUCAUUAUGAACCGAUACCGCGAGCUGAUGGAUGGUUCUACUUGUUUCAAAACGAAUUUGAAGAAAAUUUCCAGCUGGGAAUUCUCAACUUCCUCGAGUUCUCGGGUUGACCGCCAGUUUGAUCAAGGAUAAAACAACGCCGAACGAAUUGGAAACACACUUGUCGAAGUUGGAGAAGAUCAUGUGUUGUUCUAUAGAAACGGCAUCGGAUCUUGUGUCCGUAAGUGUUCACUUGAUUAUAUAUUCUGUUUAAAAUUCAUGGUGUGGUGUUACUGGGAAAAGAUUAGUGGCCACUUUAGGGUUUCGACGUUUCAGUGGCCACUUAAAUGACUAAAGCGACCUUUUUACAAGUAUUAGAGGUACUACUAGCAAACUUGAAGCUUCUAUAGUGGCCACUAAGAAAUAAAAUUAAUGGCUUUUAGAGAGGUAGUUUCAGUGGCCACUUCAGUGUCCUCUCCAAGUAGUCCUUGAGAAACUUUUUAAAUGGCCACUAAGAACUUUUGUCAACAGGAAACAUUUCUAUGAAGCCUUUUUCGACUUCUUCCGACUUUGCCUAUUAAACAUAAACCGACUUUUUUCGAGUUUUGAUCCGUUUUGAGUCUUUUUUUAAAGAGAACUUCUGCGCCUUUAAACAUCGCUGAAAGCAUUGCUAACUAAGAAAAACGCCUUUCAGCUCUCGAAAUAUGGAGCGAAGCCCCGGGAGUGCAUCACCGCCUGCAGAGACUUCAACUUCUCUUCUCGUACCACCAAAUUCGUUCAGAGCGUUCUGGUAAGGAAAAAGCCUUCAAUAUCAUACGACGGUAAACAUUUUGAAGCACGACGCGCAAAGGUUCUUCGACACGACCAACGAGAUCAACGUCCAUUUGGAUAUGGAUCCGAGGAGUAAGAUCCGCGAUGGUUUGAGAAAACCGCUGGAUGUUCUGCGACAACUCGGCCCCUGGGCUGCUUUCAAGGUUUGCAGUAAAAAAAGAGAUAGUUUUCGUAAAUUUAUGGUUUUUCCAAACCACUUGAAAAACAAAGAUACUGUUUGAAGUUUUUUUGAAAUUUCAAACAGUAUCUUUUUUUAAGCUUGUCAAUAGUGAAUAUUUUUUUGCUGUGCUAGGAAAAAUCAAAGCUUAGAUAUUUUUUUAAUGCUUUUUCUUACUUCUUUUCCUUCAUCAAUUUUGCAAAUUUUCCACUUUUUUUCCCGCAUUUUUUUGGCUCAGCUAUUUAUUUAUAGUUAGUUCACUAUAGCUUCGAAUUUUUCGAAGAUUUGAUUUUUGGCUGAUUGAGUGAAAAUUAUCAUAUUUUAAAUAGUUGAGCCAUUUUUUUUUCUUUUUUUCUCUUAUUGUCUUUUAUUAAAGCGAAAUUUAUCCGUUUAAAACAUUUUUUUGAGUUUUCAUUGUUCUUUCACAAACUAUUUUGCUUGAAUGUUUCUUCUGAUACUAAAAAGUUUCCCUAAUUUAACUAAUAUUCCAAACGAGUUACUGCUAUUAAUCAUCUUUCAAAGGUAUGCCAACUCUUCGAAAAGAACUUGGGCAAGACUCUGAAGCAAGAAAUGUUGCCGGAUAAAACCGUCAAAUUCCUGAAACUCGCGAGAACUUCCCUGAAAACGGCUUGUCGAUUGUUGGAACAGGAGGUAUAUCGAAACUUUUUAAAUAGAAAUGAAAAUGUUCUUGAAGAUCUGUCACAUCAAAAAUCCAGAGCAGCUACGGCCAUUUGUUCCUCACAAGUUCAUACGACUUUAUGAGGUUUUUUGACAAAGUUUCUUUUGGAAAAUACUUCUUCCAGAUGCUCAAAGUUUUCUCACCAGAGUUCCAAAAAACGCACUUGGGCAAGGAAACGCCGGAACCUCUCUGCGCGAUUGUUUUUGUCGACCAGCGAUAUGUCGCCUAUGCUCUGAACGUUGAGAUUACACUCUUCAUAUGUUGGAGAUGAUCUUUUUCAAGGUUCUACUGAAACAACUGAGAAAUUGGGACCCGCAAAUGAGAUAUCUUUCCUGUGAUUAUGUCGUCGGCGCUAGUGGCAACGCCAUGGCUUCGGGAGAUGCCGAAUUCUACAAAAAACAGGGAGAAGUAACUCUUCCAUCAGUUCGAGUUCGAAUAAGCUCUCUGUAGACUCUGAGGCGGUUCCACCGAGGCGAUUUGAAUCUUCUCGUGGCGACGAACGUUCUGGAAGAAGGCGUCGACGUCAAGCAGUGUAACCUCGUCGUCAAGUUCGACAGACCCUUGGAAAUGCGGUCUUAUGUCCAGGUGGGAGAAGAAAGAUGAUUUUUACGGGAAAUAUACAUUGGUAGACCUUUUUUGAAGUCAUUACUACCUCGUGGGGCUCUGAACUUUUUUUUAAAUGUUGUCAGCAAUGCUUUUCUGAGACUGAAGCUCACUUCAACAUCUAACUUUUUUUUUUUCUAAAGUCCCUCUUGAAAUUUCUGUCAUCCUUUUGGACUGAUUGAAUUUUUUAUCCGCCCACGUAUGGUUGAAGGUGUAAGAAUUCAGAUCAAAUAUGUUGCUAUUAAGAUUUUCAAAAUUUCAAAUAAUCAAUGAAAUAUUCAAGGAAAAAAAUACUUUCUUAAGAAAUCUAUUCAAUCUUUUUUUCUAUUUUUUUAAAUAAAUUUUUUUGGUAUAGGUUGUUUUUCCUGUUUCUUCAAAAAUAUUGAAUGAUUUUUUUGUUUCUCAAAUUUCGGUUUUCGCAAUUUUUCUGUUCAGAUUAAUCUUGAACUUCUAAGAAAAGACGAAGUUUUUUGAAGAAGUUUUUUGUCUUGUUUCUCACACUUUUUUUUCUUUUUUGUAGUUAAGAAAGAUAGAAGAAACAAGAAAAAGACACCUACAUUUUAUUGGAAGGGCCGUAAUAUUUUGCGUGUGAAACAUAUUUUUUUCAAAUUUUUUGAAUUUUUUUCGAAAAAAACGAAGAUUCGGUACAUUAUAUGAGAUCCUGGUAUCUAUUGGUUCAAAAAAACCCGUUUUUCUCGUUUAUUUGCGACUUUUUCUUAUCACCAAUAGCAAACUUGGAGUUUAAAGUUGACGUUUUUAUUUUAAAUUUUUAUACGCCAUUCCACAAUCUGCACGUAAAAUAAAAUAAAGAAGACAUCAAAAAAUCGUAUAGAUCGCGGAAACGCCUGGAGAUGUCUGAAAAGACGAUGCUAAGUAUCAAAAAAGAAAAAUUCCAGUCACGAGGUCGAGCAAGACGUGCCGGAGCUCGAUACGUCGUUCUGGUGCCGGAGGACGACUUGGAAGAGUGUUCCAAAGAUUUCAAAGACUUUAACCUUAUCGAGAAGGUCUAGAACAUUUCUGAGACGGAACCUUGAAGAAAUCUGGGGUUUCAGCUGCUGCUCCGUCGAUACCAAAGCGUUCACAACCCCGUGGAGGAGGCCGUCCCAGACGACGUCGACAAUUUGGUUCCUCCCUACGUUGUUCCUGAGACCAAGGCUUCUGUGAAGCUCAGCAACGCCAUUCAGCUUGUUAACAGGUGAUUUAAAAGCUCAAAAUAAAAUGAAAAAGUGUCUAUUUUUAAAUGUUUUUAAGCUUGAAAAUCUUUCAUUUGCAGUCAAAUAAAAAAAAUCUUUUAGUAUCCGCGAAAACCGUCUUGAUCUUGUUGUAAAAAAAAUUUUUAAUUGAAAAAAAUUGUACAUUAUUUUUUUAAAAAAAUGAAGGAAAGGAAGACACAUGAGUCAUUUUUGUCAUAUUUUUUUGUUUUUGUUCAAUUUUUUUAAUUUUUCGGGACCUUUUUUGUCUUGAUUAUUUAUCCUCUUUACCUUCAAAUUUCUAGGCUCAAACGAUAAAUAAGAAAAACAAGUUUUGUUUUCCAGGUACUGCAGCAAACUUCCAUCGGACAUUUUCACGCAACUCGUGCCCCACAACAAGAUCAUUCCGGUGCAAUCCGAAGGUAGAACGACCUACCUGGCCGAACUUCUGCUGCCCAUCAACUCGCCGAUCAAACAAUCCAUCUGUCUCCAGACGCCCAUGUCCACCAAGAAACUCGCCCAGAUGGCAGUCGCCUUGGAGGUUUUUUUCAGAUUGGUCCCUUAGAAGUGAGCUUUGGAUCUAUUGGGUUCCUAUUUCAUUCCUUAGCUAUGGUUUUAUGACUUCUUCUGUGCAUUCAUAUUGGUGACAGAUCAUAUCUACUUCAUAUUUUAAAAUUUAUCGCUUAUUCUCAAUCAACAACUUUGAAAAGAUAAGUAAAAAUGGAAAAAAAGUAGUGUUUCUAGUUCCUUUUUACAGUCCGUUCCCUUUUUUUCAUAACAUAUUAGGCCAACCAUCGCUUAAAUAAGAGAAAUAGUUUGAAGAAAAUUUUGCCACCUCCGAAAACAUAUUUGAGUCACUUUAAUUUAGAAUUAGUUUUUCCAGGUAAAUUGUUAGAUACUCUUCAACUCGUGCAAUAGAUUUGCUCAUGAUUCUGAGUUUUUCCAGGCAUGCCGACAGCUCCAUCGACAGGGCGAACUCGACGACAAUCUUCUCCCAAAAGGACGGGAAACCAUCGCCAAACUGAUGCAGGAGAUCGACGAGGAGCCCGACGAGUACGCCCCGGGGCUUUCCGCCAAAGUCGGAUCGGCCAAGCGGAAGCAGCUCUACGAUAAGAAGGUCCAAUAGACGAGCGAUUUAAAAGGAACUAUGUAUUCAAAAAUCAACCCUGAAGAGCUCACUUUGAUUGCACAGUAUACAGAGCUUUUUUUGCGCUCUUCGCUUAAAGACCAAUUUUCUGAAGUUAUACGGUACUUUUGGUCAGAAAAAAGGGAUAAGCUGGCGAUGAAGUCUUUUAGGAAGCAUCACACAUAAGUUGAUUCUUGAAAGAAUAGAUAUAAAAACUUAAUUUAAAGCUGAACUUUCUUCAUGGACUUGGGUUGAUGGCUGAACUGAUAUUUGGAAGUUACUUUGUUCCAAGAUAUUUUUUUUUUGAAGAAAACCUAUCAGGAAACUGACCUUCAAAAGGUCGUCGGAGUGUAUUUGGCCUUGAAUUUUUGGGAAAUUUGGUUGAUUUGAGGUGGCGCGAGCUCUGAACGAAGCUCUGCCACAGGCCGGAAAACCCUGCUACAUCUACGUCUUCGACAUGGAAAGGGUCAAGGAGGCCGCGGCCUUCACCAAUCCGAAAAGAAGGAAAUUCGCCAAUCCCGGCGAUUAUGACUAUCUUUUCGGCAUCGUCAGCUCGGUUCUUCUGCCCAAGGUAUCAGGAAUGGAAAAUUUUUUUUAAGUGCUUUCAUUUUUUUUCAGUGGUUAGUGUCGGUUAGCUUGAAAAAAAGCGUUUCUAGUGGUGUCGGAAAAGUUUUUCGAGCUCCUCUUUCCUUUAAAUUUAGAUUUUUUACCAGUUUCCCAGCUCUUCUGUGGUUUUCUGUAGAGAACCUGAGCGUUGAAAAAAAAUGAUGAAAAGCCCAUUUUUCACUGAUAAUCCAAAAAAAGUUUACAAAACAAGGUUUUUAUUUUUUUUUUUUCUUGAAAGGUAUAAUGCGUUUUUCUCAGCAGUCAGCUCAAUGAAAUCCCGAUUUUUUUUUCGAAAAGUUUGAGCUAUUUCCAAAAGGAAAGUUCCAGUUACGAGCAUUUUUCUUUUGAGAAAACGAAAAAGUGUCUCUGCCCGUCUUUCAGAUAAUUUUCAUCUAGAAAGGUGAUUUUGAGGUCCCUCCGUUCCCGAUUUUCCUCCGCCAAGGUGACAUGCGAGUUCACUUGACUUUGGCCCCAGAUCAGGUCGUUUUGGAUGUGGAGACUUUGGAAAAUCUCACACAGUUCCACGAUUAUAUUUUCACUCGAGUUUUGCAACUCUGCAAGGUUUAGAAGAAAAAAUCAUUCAAUUGUAAGAAAAUCUUCAGAUUGAUCUGAUUUUCGAGUUGUGCGGCUCAACUCCCUGCAACUGCCUCGUUGUCCCGCUAAACCGGGGUUUUUCUCGAUUUUGGCUCAAUCCCAUGCUGAUUCAUCUGAUUUCAGUAUUGGAAGGACCUAAUGUGAAAUUCAACAUCAACAUGAAAUACGUGCAAGACGUCGUCUGCAAUCGAGGGAAGAUGCCCCGAAUUCCGGACGACGAAGCCCGGAGAAACUUCAAAUUCCGAGAGGAAAACUUCAAAGACGCUAUAGUGAUGCCUUGGUACAGGAACGUCGAUCAUCCCGUCUUUUAUUAUGUCGCGGAGGUGAUCUCCUCGAAAAAAUAUAAAGAUAGAGAUAAAUUGUGUAGGUUCUGCAUGGAAUGUCGCCGUCGUCCAGGUUUCCCGACGAGAAUUACUCGUCUUUCAACGAAUAUUUCAUCAAAAAAUACGCCAUCGAGAUUUAUGACCAGCAGCAGUGUUUGCUCGACGUCGAUUUCACUUCUGUGUAAGUUUUUGGGAGAUCUUUGAAUGAAGCUAAAAUGCUUAUGACAGAAAAAAUAUCUUGAAAAAAUGUCGGAACAACUGAGAAAUGUGUAUUGUGAAUGAAAAGAGAUGAUAAAAAGGCUUAUUUAUACCAAAUCAUGUGCCGAAAUGUUAUUUAUUUCUUUUCAAUUGUGAGGAAAUUGUUCCUGAAGCCGCGUUCAGAGUAACUUUGCGAAAUUCAAAAAAAUCCAUCAAUUUUUAAAAUUUAGUGUUUUUUUUUCACCCUCUGAUGUCUAUUUUGAAUUUUGCUGAGCCAUUUUGAACACGGUUUGUUUGGUUCACUCAAAAAGGUUUGAAAAAAAUUGCAAUUGGAAAAAUCUGCAUGUUUUGUAGAAUUUGUUUGUGAUAUAAUGGAAUCAGGGGUUUUAGAGAUUUUGUAGUGGAAAUUUCGUACGUUUUCAGCGAUUCCUCUGUCUAGAAAAACAUUUUUCUUUCUAAAAACUUGGGAGACUAAUAUCUUCCAAAAAAAAAGCUUAUGGCCAUAUUUUUCAAAGCAAAAAUCAAGUCGCUUAUGUUAAAUUUGGAGGUUUUCUUUGAAAUUUUCGUCGUCAGCACCACACAAAAUAGGUGUAGAUUGAGUGUUUUAGAGUCAAUCUAUCUCAGCUAAAGCACGUUAAUUUUCCCAUUUUCCAAUCUGAUCUUUUUUUUUUGAAAAGUAUGUAGAUCUCUUGUCUAGACAAUUUUCUUCUCCAACUAUGCGAAGAAAAAAUGACCUGAUUCAGACGAUUGAACCUGCUGCACCCAAGAGUGACGGCGAUGAAAAAGUUGGCGAGAGAAGCCGCGUCGGCGUCGGCGUCGCCUUCAGAUGCCUCCGUCAACGAGAAUAUUCCGAACCCCCAACGACAGAUUCUGGUCCCGGAACUCAUGGACGUGCAUCCGAUCUCGGCGACUCUUUGGAACUUGAUAUCCUCUCUUCCCAGCGUCUUUUACAGGUCUUUUAGAUAUGGUUAUCCCGGCUUGAAAGACAAUUCUUGAAGCAGCUUGAGUGGUCCCUAUAGGGGCAACCUGAGAAGUCCUUGAAGUUCCCCCUCUAGGGACCGCUUUAGCUCCCUAUAGGGGGCCCUCUGGCGCUCCUAAGCAUGGGCAGAUUCGAAAAAAAGAGAAAAGCAUAAAAAAAGUUGACUGGCGCUUCAUUUCGAGUUACAAAAACCGCGUCGCGUACGCAACACGUCACUCAUGCCAAUCUACUCGAAUCGCCUUUCAAGUCGACAAAAAUUCAAUAUAAUCUUGAAAAUUCCUAAAAACAUGUUUGAAGACUCAACAAUCUUCUACUUGCUGACGAGCUGAGAGAGCGCAUUUUGGUCAACGCCUUUGGGAAGAAAAUCGUUUGAAUUCAUUCAAUUUCCAAAAGAAAAUGUUUUGAAAUACAGGAGGAAGUGAAAGUGGAAGAUGAUCUGGAAUGGGGAUCUCUGACCUAUCCGGCAACCUACGAGGAAAGACAGUCGUUGAUCGUCAACCAGAUCCAGAAGAUGAACAAGAAGACGUCGUUUUCCUACGACAACAAUGACCCGAUCCCUGAAAAUGUCCGACUUUCUUUGUCUUCUCCCUCCGAAUCUUCUAUUUUUUCAGUCGUUCGAAAUUGGUGUUUGGGAUCCGUCGGACGCUGAGAAAAUGGGCCUCACGUUCACUUUGAGGAAUGAAAAUGUGCCGCUCGAUCCGGACGAUGAGAUGGUUCGAUUUUGAACUUUAUUCGGGAUCUCACUUUUUAUUGUUGAAAAUUGACUUGUAAGUACGUGGUUUUUAUUUUUUUCAAUUAGUUUUGGUGUUUUUAUCGCUGGGACUCCAGAGUGACCUCGAAAACCUUAGAAAAACCACGAAGUUCCUCCUUUUAGUGCCAUUAUUUUUGUCAAUUUUUGUUAUCAGGAAGCAUGGAAGCUUUUUCCGACGAAUUUGAAAGGAUUUUUGAGAAAAGGUCUUUCAGAAUAUUUUUUUCAUGUUGAAUGGAAUAAUUUCUUUUUUCAGUUGUAGUUACAUCUUUUUGCAGAUUUGAAGAUGAAAAAUCUUCAAAAAAGGUCAUUGUUAAGGAAAAUCAUGUUUCGAUAGCGAAGAAUUGUGAAUUUUUGGAAAUUCAAGCUUUUUCUACUUUUUCAAACUCGCCCUUCUUUUUUUAGUUAUGAAUCUAUGAAUCAAAAAGAAAAAAAGUUUUUUUCAGAUUGGACUGAUGCCUACGGGCGAUUUGACGACUUCUGGAGACUUGUCAGAUGAAGAAGACGACAUGCACGACCUGAUCAUGUUUGAUUACAAGAAUCAGUUGGAAAAUCGUGUCGGUUGGUUUUUUUAAAAGGUUUUUUAGAAAGUCAUUCAAUUCCAAGUUUCAUCUGAAUUUUUUCAAAAGUUCAGUUUUGAUUUGAUUCCGCAUCUCAUGAAAUUCCAGAAGUGAGUCCUGACUUUGCCACACCUCGAGCCGACAUUGAAGUAUGUGGUUGGGGAGACCCGAUCGAUGAGGCUGCAGAUUCGCCUUUCGUCAGUGUUUUCCCAAAAAAUCUCUAAAAUUGCACAGAUUUUCAGCAAAUAAUUGAUAUGACCCAAGGCCAAUCGACUGGAGUCAACUUCAAGGCGUUGGUCGAAGACGUCGGAAGAGUUUUCGCCCCGGUGACGUCACAAAAUGAUUCUGGCAGUACGACAGUACCUCCACCGCCGAUACUUCUGGAGCAGACCAAGAGAAACGCCGAAGUCCGUUUUUUAGGCCUUUUUGAAGCUCAGCUCUGAUUUUUGGGCUUGAGCUCACAAAAAAAGUUUAAAAAAACUCUCUUACAAAAUGUUUUGACUCAUUUUUUUAAAAAAAUUUUUUUCAAGUUCUUAAUUUUUUUCAUUUUUCAUUUUUUUCAAUUGAUGGCAACUUUUUGACACUUCAGAAGCAGGCCAAAAAAAUUCCGAAAUUGAUUUUUGCCUCUGAAAGUUCAGCUCAGAAAUUAGAGCUUGGGAGCUUGUGCUUACAGAAAAAAAUAAGACUUGGAAAAAAAGUUGAAGGAGAAUUUUUCAUAAAUCGGUUUUUUUGGCAUUUUUCUACGAAAAAUUAUCGAAUAUAAUUUAUUUUUAUUUUUGCCGAUAAUGGCUUAUUUUUUUGACUUUCUUCAAUUACUUCGAACUUACAGUUUUUCCUUAAUGGUUUGCUUAUAAAACGAAAUAAAAUCAAUGAGAAAGGAACACAGAGGAAAAAAAAAGCAUAAGCUGUACUUUUAUUCCGAGAGGUCUAGGAUUUCGUUUUCAGGCACGAAAACUGCUUGAAAACGAAUCAACGGAAGAGCGGGAAAAGUCGAGAAGAACUGAAGAAGUGAUCGACCUCGACGAGUUCGACGAAGACGACGACGCCGAAUCCGAAGACUUCGUCAAAGUGGAACCUGCGUCGGACGAUGAGUUCGAACUGCUCGACAAGGGCGAGAAAAGGAAAAAGGAGUUGGACGAGGCCGUCGUCGCCGCAGAAGCGCCCCACAAGGCAAGAUUUUAUUGUCGAUUUCGUCUUUUCGUGGACUUCUUAGCCUUGGCUUCCAGUUUAAACAUCAGCCAUUCUUUUAAUGAUGUAAAAAAUCAGCAGCUCUGCUUCCAAAAACCUUCUUUUGCUUGCCUCCAAAAUUUGGAAAUGAUAACUUCACACGUUUCAUGUCACGUCUGAGAGAAGGAGUUCAGACUUGCGGAGUUUCUGCUCCCAACCCCAACUGCCGAUUCUCCUUCGACAAGGAGUCUCCGCAUUCCGUCGCGAUGCAGAAGAGAAUCGGGAAAACGAACAUGACGGUCGCUUCGGAGAUUUCCCACGGCAGCGAGAAUCUCGGCUACGGAGUCUCGCCUUGUCUUCUGCUCACCGCCCUCACUACCUCUAAUGCUAGUGAUGGUGGGUUUUUUUUUUCAGAUUAUUUGAACAGGAAAAACAGUAAAAUAGAAAAGACCACUCUAAUCUUUAGUGGAAGAAAAGCAGUAUAAAAAGUUUGAGCCUUUAAUUUUUAAGCAUAGUAUGUAUAGAGAUACAAACCUACUGGUUAUUAUAUUUUUUUAAAUUCUUUAAAUGUUACGAAUCGAAUAUUUAGAUUCGAACUACAAGUUCCAUUAUUUUUUUACAAUAGGCUUAUUAGAGACCAUAUAUAGAAGAAAAAGAAGUCCGUCAAUUUUUUUUCCGAGUUUUUUUUUUAUUAUCAAAGUGUAAGCAAUCAUUCGAUUUUCGUAUGACAAAUGAAUCAGAAAUGUGACUUUUUUCAAGUCAUUUUCAUCAAUCAACUGCUCAGGCAAGUCCAUUCUGACACGUGAGUAAAAAAAAAAUCUAAAUUUCAUUUCUCAUUUUAUCCCUUUGGCCUUCAAAAUUAACUCCAAUUCUAUUUAUCGUGUCUUUGAACGGUAAAAAAUUUGUAGGAAUCAGUCUGGAACGGCUGGAAACAAUCGGCGACUCGUUCUUGAAAUACGCCGUCACGGAUUAUCUUUUCCAUCAUCAUUUUGAUCAACAUGAAGGAAAACUUUCGUUUGCUCGUAGUAAAGAAGUUUGUAGGAUUGUUUUUGACGGACUUAUGGUUAAUUUCAAGGUUUCCAACUGCAAUUUGUACCGUCUGGGAAAGAAACUCGGAAUUCCGCAGUUGAUCGUCGGCGCUAAGUUCGAGCCGCAUGAGACUUGGCUUCCUCCUUGGUAGGCUUUCUUCUUCUUCAUAUCUCAAGCCUAUUUGAUUCUUCCAGCUAUGUUCCGGUCGGUCAUUUCAAAGCGCCCAACUCGGCGGACGCCGAGGAGAAAGAUCGGGAAAUCGAAGAACUUUUGGCCGGCCGCCAAGUCGAAGAAAAGCCGACGAAGGCCACUGGAUGGGACGAAGCCAGCAAAGAUAUCAAAUCGACGACGGAUGGCGUUGAGACUAUCAACUUCCCGAAGGUGGGAAAUUUUACGUGAUAGUCUAUUUUUCUGACUUCAAUUCAUUGUAGUAACUUUUGCUGUCGCUUUUUGAAAAAAAUUGAAACAAAUAAGUUGUGAUAUUUUAUUUGUUUAAUGAAGUAUUGCUUCCAGCAACACGCCACCGCGGGACCAACCGAAGAAAUUUCUCCCUUGCCAUACAAUUUGUUGACCCAGCAGAACAUUUCCGACAAGUCCAUUGCUGACGCCAUGGAAGCUCUCAUCGGAGCGCAUUUGCUCGCUUUGGGACCUAAAUUCACGCUACAGGUACUAGGAUAAUUAUUUUAAUUGAAAGUUGAGUCGAGAAUCUAGUGGUCAGGCUAGAAAUGCAGGCGAAGAGGGGGGUUCCGAAGAGACGCAGAUUUAUUUUCUCUAAUACCUCUCUGGUUUCCGUGAUCUCUCGCUAAAAAUGCAAUUGGUAGCCUAAUUUUUUAUGAGUCUCGAAGAGUGAUAUUACUAGCAGAAGACGUUAGAACUUGAGAGAGACUAUUCAAAAAAAUGCCUUGUUCAUAGUAACUUCCGCGUUAUUCAAAAUUAUCUCUGACAAUCCAAAAAUUGGUUAUCUUUCUCACUCUCUGACUGCUAUUUUGGAUUUCGCGGAAUUACUUUGAAAACACCAUAACGGAUGUGAAUUAAAACGCGCCUUUCAGUUUUCCAGCUUUCAAGACUUUUUUCUAACGACGCAAAAGAGAAAUUCCAGUUUCCAGUCACCUUUUCGAUGUCUAUAUAAUUUUCAAGGUCAUGAAAUGGAUGGGUCUGAAAGUUCUGACGGAAAAAGCCGCGAUAACAUCGCCGUUGCUGCGGUUCCUCGACACGCCGGAGGACCCAGAACUGUCGACCAAGUCGCUGAACAGCCUCUGGAUGCAGUUCCAGUUCAAUGAGCUCGAGAAGAAUAUCGGGUACUCGAAAAAGAACUUAAGGGUCAAUCAGAGAGGACUUUUCCAGGUAUCACUUCAAAGACAAGGCCUUUCCUCGUUCAGGCUUUUACCCAUGCCAGUUACUACAGCAACCGGGUCACCGGAUGCUAUCAGGUAGAGCUUUUAAAAGGAAAAUACGUGUGAAAAAUUAGCUAGGAGGGUUGAUUUAUCGCUUAUUCGAGCCUGUUUUCAUAGGAAAAGUCAAAUGUUUCUUAAAAGUUUUGUUUGAAAACAAAGUUCCCUUUCACCUGAUAAGUUUCAGAAAAAAAUUUAUUUUAAAAAUAUUUUACAAAAAAAUUGAGACUUGUAAGACUAUUAUUGAAGAAAACUAGAAUGCCAAAACUUUGGAAAUUAAUUAACAUAAGGGCUUGGAUGAUAUUAGAAAAAAAUAUAACAUUUAUUUUUUUCGCUUUAAAAAGCUUUAUUCUAAAUUUUUUUAGUAGCUCUAUCUUCAAUAAGGGUAAAUUUUUGAAUAUUUUUUUAUUCUUGACUAACGUGAAAACAGACUUGUAAAAAAAGUGAUUUAAUAAUCUAAGACCUCUCUGAAAAAGGGAUCUGUGCUUGUGAUUUUCUCUUUUCCAAACUGAUUCGAAUAACAAAAUCUGUUCCGAUUUCAACUUCACAGCUCCUUCAAAAAUUUUAAAACCCUUCUGGACAACGGAAUGAAUUGUUGGUCAGCAUCCCUAGAGGGCUACUUUGAAAAAAAUCAUUAAUAAAUUUCAAUAUACUUACUCGUGUCCUUUUUUAUCAACUGUGAUGAAUUUGUUAUAUACUCUUUUUCAGUGAAAUCACUCGUGAGGGUGACCCAAAACCGAUUCUUAACCAGCUAUAUUACAAAAAAACAAUGCUUUUCAAAAAUAUUUUUUUAAAAAAAGUUCUAUUAUUUUUCUUCCCAGAGACUGGAAUUCCUCGGCGACGCCGUACUCGACUACAUGAUCACCCGAUAUUUGUUCGAAGACACCCGUCAGUACAGUCCCGGGGUCCUGACUGACCUCAGAUCCGCCCUCGUCAACAACACCAUUUUCGCGAGUCUGGCUGUCAAAUACGGCUUCCAGAAGGUCCGCGUCCAUCGAUUCUUUCGGCCACGAAAAUAUUUCCAGCAUUUCAUGGCCAUGUGCCCCGGACUGCACUACAUGGUCGAGAAGUUUGUCAAACUUUGCUCGGAGAGAAAUUUCCUGGAAGCUAAUUUCAACUCGGAGGUACUGGGUUUCCAGAAAGUUGUUUCUGCGAAAGUAUAAAGUUCAAGUACAACAUAAGUUUAUACUCAAUGGUUCGGAAACAUAUCAGAAAUUUGGAAAAGGUUCGACUUUUUAUGUAGUUUUCUAGAAAGAAAACCCCAUUUGAACAAUGCUGGUAAGGUACAAAAAAAAAUGAUACACCUUAAAUUGAUGGUAUUUGAUUAGAAAAUAGGCGAUGAGCAGAAAAGGUUUGGAAAAUAAGGGUUCUUAAUACUUUGUCGCCAUCACGUUUAUUGUAGGUAUCUCAUAAUCUGGUGGCCCUUUCAACCAGGUUUCUUAUUUGAAAGUAAUUUCCUAACCUCUCGCUCAUUUUUACAGAAUUUCAAGAGGUGGCAUUAAAAGAUCCAUCAUCAAAAUUUAUGUACUUUUUAAUAUUUUUGUCACUGGUUUUGAUCGACCUUGAUAAUGAACAGGAUAUUAAUGAUAAACCUUUAAAAGUAAGGGACAUGCAUGACCCCUUUUCAAAAGUCGUUUUAAUUGCUAAACUGAAACUUGAUACUAAUUUAAGACUCAUUGAGUUCUUCUUUUUUCACGUCUAGUUUAGAAGAACCUUUUUGAAUUUUAUGCUGACAACCUUCUGAAAAUGAAAUUUCAGAUGUACAUGGCGACAACGGAGGAGGAGAUCGACGAAGGCCAAGAAGAAGACGUCGAAGUUCCCAAGGCGAUGAGCGACAUCUUCGAGAGCAUCGCUGGGGCCAUUUAUUUGGUUUGACAAGAACCCGAACCUGAUCUUCCAACAAAAGAUCUUUCAGGACAGCGGAAGAGAUCUGGACGUCGUUUGGAGGGUCAUCUACAACCUGAUGAAAGACACGAUCGAAGAAUGCUGCGAAAAUCCGCCGCGAUCUCCGAUUCGAGAGCUGAUGGAGCUCCAGUCGAGCAAGGCUAGAUUCAGGUUCAGUUUCAAGUCUUCUGUGCGGUCGUUUUCAAGAAUUCGAUCAGUUAUUUGACGAAGGAAGGUUUUUUCAGCAAGUUGGAAAGAAUCAUUGAAACGGGAAAAGUUCGUGUGACGGUGGACGUCGGCAAUAACAUGAGGUUCACGGGUAUGGGCAGGAACUACCGGAUCGCCAAGACGACUGCGGCAAAACGGGCACUGAGGUAAAAUAAUCGGCUAUCUAGCCAGGAGAAAAAACAUGAAAAGAUAGUCGAGUAUGAAUGAGCUUGAGCGGUAUCAACAGAAAUUGAAAAAAAAAGCAAAAUUUGAACAUGUCAUGGAGCGCGCAUUCACAACCACUUUUUGCUGAAAAAAAAUUUUUUUCCGCUCAUCUUCUCUAAUUUUUCCACGGCAUUUUUAUCACUCAUUUCGCAGCAAAAAAAAAUCUGUCUUGAAAAGUAAACUUUAAAUAUUCGCAUGUACGCUUCAAUGAUUCAAUAAAAUUAGUUAUUGUGUUCUUGAACUCAUCAACUUCUUUUUUUCCUUUGUGAGAGCUCAUCUGAUUCCGAUCUAUACUUUCAGAGAUGUACAGAAGUAGCUACCAAGUCUUAGGAAAAUAAAUCUUGAAAAAAACCUUUCUUACAAAUAUUUCUCUAUAAACUUUCAGGUAUACUUUUUCAAUAUUUUUGUCAGUGGAGCGCAAUUUUUCUGAAUUACAUCGUUUUCUCAAAAAAAUUCUGGAAUUUUUUUAUUUAUGGAUAACGAGUUACAAGAGUCUCUCAUAUACAAGUACCAAAUCAAUAGUUCAAUUUUUAAAUUUAUAUUUUUAAUGAAAUCGAUUUCCUUGAAGUGACCAAAAAAAUGCUUGAAAUUUAAGACUUUCAAUUGUAAAUUUUCGCGAGUUUAGAUUCUUGCUGCUCUUUUUUUCUGGGUGUUCUCAUAGCUACCUACCUUUUUUUCUUUAUUAUAUACCAAAUUUUUGAUUAAUGACUGUUUGAAAAAAGUUCGGAUUUGCAUAAAAAGGAGUUCAGUUUGCAAUCUUCUUCCCUGAAAUUCCAAAAAUCAUCUAUAUUUUUCCUCACUUUCUGUUCAAAGCAGUGGUCCAAAAAGGUUUUCUUCCAGAUACUUGAAGACUCUCGAAGAGCAAAAACGGAAGGCGAACCUAGUACAAGAAGGAGUCUAA